GAGCUUGGUGCUGCACGCCGCACAAAGGCUUGCGGGCAUCCGCGUGACGCCGCUUCCGCACGCGGCCCGUGCUCGUCGUCACAGCGAAAUGACGAAUAGAGGGGCGGUGUUGUUUGCCGCCGCGCGAGCGGGCGGCGCGACCGUGGUUUGUUUUGAAGGCACUCGGCGGCGGCCAUGUUUCUGGGUCGCGGCUCGCCCACGGUCAAGGCGACGGGCGACCCACGCGCGGCCAGCGGCGCGGGCGGCAGCGCUGCCCUUGAAAAGCCGUGGUCUCCGCGCGCCGCGCGCAGAAUGACGAGCGCCGCGAUCCAAGCGCACCUGCAGCCUUCGUACCGGCUGCCCAUGGUGCUCGGCUUCCAGGAGCGAGAGCUCGAAGCGGCUUUCGAGCACAACCGAAACCCCAACUUCAGCGACCUGGCAAUCCUGGCCGCAGAGACGGGCCUGCCGCUCGACGCCGUCAAGAUGUGGUUCGAGAACCGACUGGCGCGCUGGCGAGUGUCCCAGGGCCUGCCAGCCAACGGCAGAAUGGUGAACCAGUGAAGUGGACCGGCGCUACCGCACCACCAGAUGCGGUCGGCAGCCGAUGCAGAGACACGAGCCAAAGACAUCUUCACACACUAAAGGGACGCCUACUUCAGGCACCGGAUAACGCACAUUUCGGAAGUACUAACCGACCAGGGCGUGAUGACUAUGGCGUCCACGCUCGUGGAGCAAUAAACAUUAUUUCUGCAACUCCUGUUUACGCACAGACAAAAGACGGUUAGUGAUACAUAUCACGGAGCGGCUUUGAAAGCUGUCGACUGCGUAGAGCGAAAUUAUUCCAUGUUAAUUUGGCAAUAUGGUACACUUAAAAGACUCAGUUUCAACCGAAAUGCGAAGCAUUGAUUGCGAUAGCAAAUUAUUAGACAGCAAUACGAAGUAAGGUUAGUCGUUUUAUCGCCUGCAUAAACUGGUGCAAAUAUUCCCCUAUAUACUAACUGAAUUUACAAGCGAGUUGUCACGCGCCACCAGACAAACAUGAACACAUCUCACUCGAUGACCGUGGACACUCGCUGCAAGCUUACGCUCGCACCUACAGCACAUGGCGCGUGGCCGCACUGUUAUCGCACCAGGACUUUAUACGGAAUAUCACGCCGACAGCGGAAAUUCGCCUGGAGUGUCAAUAAUUGAUAUCGCAAUAAAAAAAAUGGCAGCUUAGACGGAAGGCCAGGUACAGAAAGCGAUAACAGGAGGAAGGCGUCUCAGAAUUCAUGUAGAGAUGAAGGCUUUCAGCCUAAAGUCCCUUAUUUCCACCCUGGCGUGAGCGCCGCCAGCGGCGUUGCGGGCGUCGCGCCUCGAUGGUACACGAGAUGAGACCAUCGGCGUUUGUCAGCGCCCAGCUAAGUAGAUUUCGCUGGACACUUACUGACAAUUCGGCUUAUGCAAACCAGCGUAUGUACAAUGGCUGUGUUGUGCACACAGCUGCUCAGUGGGCAGUUUGGAAACUCCAUGGGCUCGCCAAAGCAGCGAGCCCGCGGCGGCACUGUGAUCGAGAUACACCCUGCUCACGUGACUUUUGCUCCGCGUGUCGUCUGCUGCUGGCAGCAUUCAACUCACGUUAACCGUCGCAGCCUUUACAGAACACCUCCAGUUCUGGGAAUUUUAUUAACGGUGUUACAGCGAAAGAAAUGUGUCACACUGCUUCGAGCACAGUAACUCUUUUGCUCAAGGAAGACACAUCUGAACUGUUCAAUGGCUGUCCCGGAACGGCGAUGGUCCCGGGUUCGAGUCCCGGACCAUGACGAAUUGUCCUGCAACUGCGAGGCUUUUCUUUCUAGGAACCCUUAUGGGUUUCCAUUGUAGCAAUUGCUACGAUUGGAUGAAUGGCUCAUUUUUCCUUUAUUAAUUAUACAUAAGUUUUCUCUUUUUCCUUGAACUGUAACCGAAUGGGAUCGUAUAAUUGAAUCCACAUCCUAAUCUUGUAACUUUAUGGUUUGUUUUGUCAAUCUUAUUUUUAUUGUAUGUACCAUAUGACGCCCUCCCUGCUUGGACUACGUGUACGCAGUAUUUCAGAAAUAAAAUAAAAAAUAACGUGACAAUC